UCGAGCUUCGUCCGAAAGAAAGUCAAGUCAACAAGUCAAGAGUCAAGAAAGCGUUCUGCUUGGUUCUCCGAGCAACAAAAUUCAGGAAAUCUCUUCGUUUUGGACCCGUCACUACACUGAAAGUUGCAGGAAAAUGACAUAUAGUAGUCUCGAUCAGAUUUAUCGAAGUAUUCUGCUGUCGAAGUAUUUUGUGAAGGGUUGGGGCAAACCUGACAACUUGAAAAGACUUUUUGAGUUCCGUAAAAUAAUUUCUAACAGAGAUUUGUGUUACAACUUGAUUCCGAAGGACUAUCCUAUUGUCAUUGACAAGGAUGAAGUUUGGUCAGAUUAUCGAGUCCUUGAAGGACAUUUCCGAUCUCCCCUUGAUGUACAGCUGCCAAACAUUAUGCCAGAGGAAGUGAAAAGGGCACAUUUCCAAAUCGUACUGCCGACCAAAUGGCAAGAAGAAAAUUACAAACCCAUGUGUCUUCAUUUGGCUGGAACUGGUGAUCAUUACUUUUGGAAAAGAAGAAACUUUAUGUGUAAACCCUUAUUGAGAGAAGCAGGUAUUGGUGGCAUGAUUUUAGAAAGCCCUUUCUAUGGAUCUAGAAAACCCCAAGACCAGGUGCGCUCAAACCUCCAUAAUGUGUCGGAUAUUUUUGUAAUGGGCGGUUGCCUGAUGCUUGAGUCACUGGUGCUGUUCAACUGGUGUGAACAGCAAGGACUUGGACCUCUAGGUGUGACAGGACUGUCAAUGGGAGGGCAUAUGGCAUCCCUUGCAGCAACUAACUGGCCCAAGCCUAUGGUCUUGGUACCUUGUUUGUCUUGGUCUACAGCAUCUGGUGUUUUCACCCAGGGUGUUAUGAGUGGUGCCAUACCUUGGGAUAUUUUGAAGUAUCAAUACUUUUCAGAUGAUGUUUACAGAGAGGAAAUCAGAAAGAUGGUUACUAUAAUAGAUGAUGAUGCAUUCAAAGCAGGCAAACACUUUGUCCAAAAAUAUUCGGACGACACAAAUGAUCUGACAAAUCUUCAACCCUCACCGAGAAUAGAGGGUGAACUUUUCAGUCCCAAAAAAUUUGUGAACAAUCAAGAUUCCAAUAAAUCUGAUCCACAAGAAGCAGAUAAAUGUCCACUAAUGGAUCAAGAUGAUCUAUCAGCUGAGAAGACAGUGGAUGCUCUGGCUCAAUCUUUUGCUGCCAUGUCAAGUUCUAUUGAUGAAGAAACUGAUUCAAAAUCGGGAAAAGAAAUAAGAAAAGAAGAACUUGGUAAAGAUAUUCUUGAUAGUUUAUCAGAUUCAAAGUUUAAAAUGCUUACUUUUAAAGUCAAAACUUCUGAUGAACAAUCCCCUGAAGUCAAAAGAGAGUUAGAAGAUUAUCAAUUAAGGAAAGAUUGGGCUCUUCGCAAAGAGUUACAAGAUUCCUCUAGUGAAUUGGAUCAAGUGAUCGGCCGUAAACUUCCAUUUUCUAUCCUGGGUCUCAAGUCCAGCUCAGUUCGUGAUAGAGAGGCAAUCCAGUUCAUGCGUGGUAUCAUGGAUGAAUGCACUCAUCUCAAAAACUUUUCGGUGCCAGUUGACACAUCUCUCAUAAUUGCAAUUUGUGCCACUGAAGAUGGAUAUGUGCCAAGAGAUGGUGUGACACACCUUGCUGACGUGUGGCCUGGAGCUGAAGUGCGUUAUAUUAAUACAGGUCAUGUUGGGGCAUACAUUUUGCAUCAGGCUGCUUUUAGACGUGCUAUUAAGGACGCAUUUCUUCGAGCCAAAGAGAAGCUCUGUUCAUCAUAACUUGUUUACAAAUAAAUCCAACUUUUCAGGCCAUUUGAAAUAUUUUUGUACUCUAUGAAUUUUGUAUGAUUUUUUCUAAAGGCUGUUCUUUCAAAUUUUUAGCUACAAUUUACUGUACACUUGGACCAAGUUGACCAUUAUGAGAACUAGGAUACAUCUUUUUCUGAUUGUUUUAGAUAUUUAUUUUUGAGGUUUUUUAAAUGUCUUAGCUGAGUGUUGUUUAGGUAUUGCUGCCAAUUGAAAAGAAUUUUAAACUGCAUGAAUUUAGUUAAAAACUUGUACAUAAGCUGAUUUUGUACAAUUGGAUGAACAAUGUUACCAUUAGAACCUGACCUCUAGUCUUAAGCAGAGAUUUUUCUAUAUUUUUCUUUUUAACUUUAGCAUCAAAGAAGAAAUGUGGACAAAUCACUGCUAUGGAGCUGUUAGAAUAGUAUAUCAAGUUUCCUUUGUCUAAUUACUAAGAUAAAUGACAAUGCCUCAGCUGUGAUUGAUUUAUUUUAAGAAUUAGUGAAUUUGUCCUUGUUUUAGAAGUGUUGUAUAAACAUUGAGAUGAUGUCUGUCUGUUUUUUUGUUGAUUAUGCGAUGCACUGAAAAGAAAUUUCAUGCUCAAGUACUUUGAAUUGUGUCUUGGCAAUAGCCGUUCAAUGUUAUUCUCAUGCCUGUGCCAAUCUUAAAGUGAAGCUUAUUUUAUAGCUUCUGAAUGGUCACUGUUCGGACACUGUAAUAAUUUUCUUUGUAUUGCAACGCACAGGUGUGUGCGUGUGUGUGUCUUGAGAGGUUUUCAACUGCAGUCACUCUAGUUCAAUUGCAGUUUACGUUUGCAUCUGGUUCAAUAAACUGCCAUGUGCUGCUUGAUUUGA